AUGGACACGCUGCGCAGGAGCCUGUCCCGAUGGAAGAGGUACCACAUCAAGGUGCACCUGGCUGACGAGGACCUGAUGAUGCCCCUGACGGUGCGGCCCAGGGACACCGUGAUGGACCUGCGGGCUCUCCUGGUGCGGGAGGGCAUCACCUCCUGGAAGAAGACAUUUUAUUACAACUCCAGGCAGCUCGAGGAGCAUGAGACCCUCAAAGAAGCCAAUAUCCAGAAUGGUUCUGUCCUCCUCCUUGUCAGCAAUAAAAGGUAG